CCGGCGGGCAGCCGAGGCGGCGGCGGGCGCUUGGCCCGCAGCCCCCGGCGGGGAGCCGGCCCCUCACCGCGUGUGACAGCCGGGGGGGGACGCUGCUGCCUCGGCGAGCCCGGCUGCGGCUGCGGCGGCUGCGGCCAUGUGUUUCUCCGCCUGCCUGUGACACAAUAACACGGGAAGCGGGGAGCGCGGGGGGAUCCGAGCCUGCCGAGGGGAAAAGUGACCCGCCCCGCUCAGGUCGGCGACGAUGGAGGAGGGCAUGAGCAGCAUGCAGCAGAAAGCGACGGAGCUGGAGCACAUGGCCGAGGUCCUGCUCACCGGCGAGCAGCUCCGGCUCCGACUGCAUGAAGAAAAGGUCAUUAAAGAUCGUCGUCACCACCUUAAGACCUACCCGAACUGCUUUGUUGCCAAAGAACUGAUCGACUGGCUGAUUGACCAUAAAGAGGCCUCAGAUCGAGAGACAGCAAUUAAACUGGUGCAGAAAUUACUGGAUCACAGCAUUAUUCACCAUGUCUGUGAUGAGCACAAGGAAUUCAAGGAUGUCAAACUGUUCUACCGCUUCCGAAAAGAUGACGGGACCUUUCCACUGGACAAUGAGGUGAAGGUGUUCAUGAGAGGACAAAGACUGUAUGAAAAGCUGAUGAGUUCUGAAAAUACCCUUCUGCAAGCUAGGGAAGAGGAAGGAGUCAAGUAUGAACGGACCUUUGUGGCAUCAGAGUUCAUUGACUGGCUGAUCCAGGAAGGAGAGGCCACGACACGGACAGAAGCAGAGCAGCUCGGCCGCAGGCUCUUGGAGCACGGGAUUAUACAGCACGUGUCAAACAAGCACCAUUUUAUGGACAGCAACUUGCUCUACCAGUGCAGAAUGAAUUUCCGGCGGCGACGGCGAUUAAUGGAGCUCCUCACUGAGAAAUCUCGCUUGAUGCCAGAAAGCCAUGACAGCCCAUUUUGCCUGCGCAAGCAGAACCAUGACAACAGAAAACACACCAGUUUUCUCUCAGUGAGUCCCACAAAGGAGAUAAAGAUCGUGUCGGCAGUACGGAGGAGCAGCAUGAGUAGCUGUGGCAGCAGCGGGUACUUCAGCAGUAGCCCAACACUCAGCAGCAGUCCCCCCGUCCUCUGCAAUCCCAAAUCUGUAUUAAAGAGACCUGUGACUGCUGAUGAGCUCUUGAUGCCUGGAGCCCCAUAUGUAAGAAAAACUUUUACGAUUGUAGGUGACGCGGUGGGCUGGGGCUUUGUGGUGCGGGGAAGCAAGCCCUGCCACAUCCAGGCCGUGGACCCCAGCGGGCCAGCAGCUGCAGCUGGCAUGAAGGUUUGCCAAUUUGUCGUAUCUGUCAACGGCCUCAACGUUCUCCAUGUGGAUUACAGGACAGUGAGCAACCUCAUCCUGACCGGCCCUCGAACGAUUGUGAUGGAAGUGAUGGAAGAAAUAGAGUCCUGAGAAGGAAGAAACCCUCUGACUGGACAUUUUUGUGAGAAAUAGUGACGACUAUGGAGCAGCAUGACACAAGGAGGCAGAACAUGGCUGUGUCUAAAUAGAUGAUUUUGCUUUUAGGGAAGGGGGGGGGUCUAUUUCAUUUAACAAUAAUAGCACGGGUGAUUUUGCUAAGAAGUGAGCAAUAGAUUCCAUCAUAUUUUCACUGAGGACUUUUCUUUGCCCGAUGGAGACAGGGCUCAGGCCCAGCCGUGUCCGUAGCAGUCAGGAUGGUUUCCCACCUAAGAGGCCGUGCAGAUUUCCUCACAGUCUGCCAUUGGAUCAAAGCGCUUCAGGAGAUGAAAGAACCAGCGCUGUAGGGUCAGGAUGUCCCAGAUGGUUUGCAUGACAUAUUUAUGUUGGUAAACAUCCUCCUGGUGUCCAGCUUUGUCUUGGGAGCACGUGCUGUCACCACCGCUCUCUCCGUGGGUCAAGCUGACUAAAUGCUGGUUUGAUUGCAGUCAGAUGCAAACAAACUGCCAAUGCAUGUUAAAAAAAGUGUCCCUUUUGGGAUGAGUGUUUGGGCCUGACCAACUACACGGAUUAGUCUAGAAAGGAAAAUCAUCCAAAUGGAAAAGUGUGCAGUACUUUUACAAAAUCAGACCCUGAAAAUUAGGGUUGUUGUGGGUUUUUUUUCUUAGGUGCCUAUGCAUUGUUUUAGGUGCUAAGUAUAAAAUGUUGAUUUGGGUUUUUUUCUUUACCUGUAAAAGAAAGAUGUCUCAGCCUUACUGUUCAUCACUUUGGAGAAAUUUUGGACCCCUUUAUUUCUAGAAAAAGAGUGUUUGCUGGGUUGAAGUGGGAAAUUCACAAUGUUAGCAUUAGCAAUGGUACAUGCAUAUGCUCCAGUAGAGAAAGUACACUUCAAAUUGAAGCAAUGUGCUUGAAUGUACAUUAAGCUUGUCAGCACUUUCCAAUCAUCAAAUGUUUUGCAAACUAGAGACUUGCCACAUGAGUUGCGUUACUAAUAAAACAUUGUAUUUAA